CGAGUUUUCGGGAGCUGGUUUCUGUGUCGUGCUUUCUUGAGAAUCAUAUCUCCAUGUUAUACAAGUUACGUAAGGAAGGGAAGAGUCCGUGACCCAUGUGAACCUAUCGCUUAAGUCACGUGGGUUGCUUAGACAUUAAUUGUUUCCACACCACGACUUUCCAGAUUCCUUCAACUCUUCUGACACACUUUACACAAUCUCAAAGAAUCCUACUGCUCCAAGUACCAUCAUCAGAGACGCGACUCUCCAGCAAUACGCCAGGUCGCAGGACAAAGCCAGCACACACCAAGCAAUGUCUGAACAACAAAUGUCGACCGGACAGGAAGCUGAGGCGCAAUACUCGGAUUUUCAGUCCGCUUCUGCACCUGCAUAUCAUGGUUCUGCUGUCCCUGAACCAGAAGACAAAACUCUUAUUGGCCAACACUCAUCCAUCGAGUCAAACUUCGACCCCGCCAUGAGAUAUCUCGACAAGAUCCGAACCAGAUAUAUCACACGACCAAACGUCUACAACCAAUUUCUCGAGAUCAUGAAAGAUUUCUAUCUUGGCAAGAGUGAUGUCGUAAGCACGGUCGCGCAAGUCAACCUGCUCUUCGAAGACGACGAAGAAUCAAAACAAGGAUUCGAAGGAUUCAAGAAUGCACUUGGACCCAUGUCUCGCGAGCCCGCCGCCUUAGACCCAAUGGAGCAGGAUAUGCGAUGGCAGUUGGCGCUCCAAACAUCUUCUACUCACCAACAAUCAUCUCAAAACUCCAAUGCCGGAUUCGCUUUGGACUAUCUCGAGCGAGUCCGGAACAAGUACAUUGCCCAGCCUGGUGUUUAUGAUGAGUUGCUCAAGAUCUUGAAGGAUUUCAAAAUUACGGACAGCGAUACUUCAAGCACGGUAGCGCGAGUCAGCAUGCUGUUUAAGGAGGACGAGGAAUCGAGACGUGGGUUUGAAGCAUUUUUACCGUAAAGCGCUUAUCGUUUUUGGCUGUCACAUAUGGAUCCAGUAGUUCAAUUCUUUGCACAUAAGUUAAGGAAGAGUUGAAAGCAGAAUGACUUUAGUGCUGUCGAGUUCAUCAGUCUUACUCCUCACCCAGACAGACAACCGUUCUUCUCUUUCUGAUGCCAUUGUAAAUGCGCUCGAUAUGUCGACUAUGCAAAGCAAAACAUCAGACCAAGUAAGACAGAAGGGACCAAUCCCAAACAACUAGACGACAACUUCCUCGCAUCAUUGGC